GUACUUAUGCGUAUGCAAUGUGCGUGCAUGAUGCGAGUCUCAGUACCUCCAGUGUCGAUGUCUUGGCUGACGACAGACGCUCUCUUUCUGUCAGUCGCUCUCGUCGCCGUCAGAGGCCGCAUCCACGACCAUCGGUAGGUAGCCAUGGGCUCGAUGGCAAUCGGGUCAAGCCAAAUGGCGGGCUAAGUGGAGCUCUCGGUGCUCGCCGGGGGGGCGCUGGAUCGGCGAAUGGCUGACCUGCUCAUACAGGAGCAACUGCAAGAGUUCCAUGAACUAUUCAAAUCGUUCGACGAGGACAAGGAUUACAUGUUGUCGGUCGAGGAGUUGGGUCACGUGUUGAAUGCCUUGGGACAAGACCCGACACGGGCGGAGCUGAAGUGCAUGAUCAAAGAAGUGAACGAGGAAGGUGAAGAGGCGAUCGAUUUUUGGCAGUUUUUAUCUCUAAUGGUGAAAAAGAUGAAGACGUCCGAGAUAAAGGAUGAGCUGAUUGAAGCAUUCAAAGUAUUCGACGUAGAUGGCGAUGGUUUCAUCACCCCCGACGAGCUGAUGAAUGCAAUGGAGCACCUCCAGCACCUCGGGGAGGAUCUCAGCCAAAGCGAGAUCGAAGAAAUGAUCAAAGAGGCUGAUUCUGAAAAUGAUGGCAAGCUCGAUUUCGAUGAGUUUGAGAAGAUGAUGAUGGGGAAGUGAUUGGCCCUGUCCAUUUGCAAGUCUUCAGCCCCCCAGCUCAUCGCAAUCACGGUGGUCAUGACUAACUAUUCGGGCAUUAUGGCAUAAUCUUGCUGUCAAUGGCUAUUACCACUGGCCACAAGUGUUAAGAUGAGCUGGCCCCCCAACGAGAACGAAGAAGCACAUCCCACGGUAUGCCCUCCUGGCAGCUAUCCGGACACACCGGCCACACCGGCCAAAUGCAUUUAUUUCUUGAUUCCUUUCGGUCUCCGCACCCCCCACUUUAUCCCAAAGCUUUCUUGUACGUCGUGUGACCAAUGUCAUUUUGGUGUCAAGCUUUAUCAGUUUUAAUGGUCGCCAAUCCGAGAUUUGAUGCGCAACAUGCAUUCUGAUUGUGUUCGAGUGUUUGCUUUGACGGGUCGGAGUGGGGCCGCGUCCGGUGGCUCGUGGAGCCUCCCCGCGUCCUGAGGUCCGCGAUGUGUUGUAGAUGUGAAGCAUACGCACGCGUGAACACCCAUUGCAAUGCGUAUUGUUCAGGCGUUGCGGCCAGUGCCGCUGACCCAGAAGGACGACGACGACGACCACGACGACAACGACAACGAUGAGCUGAUGACCCUUUCACAGG